GGAGGGACGCUUUAUUACCUUUUUUAUGUUGCACGCAUCCAUGGCAGAACAGAGAAGGGUACAGAGUACUACUACGACACAAGAGAAAGAAGGAUAGAGGAGAGAACAAGCAGGGUUAGACAAGGAUAGAGAGACAGGAAGUGGGAAGACUAGAGAAGAAAUGGAGCUACGGAGAUGGAAGAGAGAAAGAGCUUAAAAGAGGGAGAAGAAGAUGAGAACAGCGGUUGUUUGUCCGGUGGAAUGGGUUUCUUGAGGUGCAUGAAUCUAAGACAAGUGGAGGUGGUGUUGAAGCUCUAUCGAGGGACAAUCGCAGGCUUUCAAAAGGGGAUGUUUAUAGUUUCUUUUAAUGGCUGACGCAAUUGCUUCGAGGGCCAGCUUGUGCAGCUGUCACUGAAUACAUCUAAAAGCCCAUCUCUGCUGUGCUCUCCUCUUUUGUUCUGCUCUUCUUCCUCCUUUGUAUGAAUCUGGGCCUUCUUUUAGUUUUUUGGAGAGCUUUGGUUUCUGGGUUUUUUUUUUUUGUUUUUUGAAUUUUUAGAUGAGGGGGAUGCCCUUUAAUUUGCAGGGGAAGGGGGUAUUAGAAGUUGCAGAGAUUUCUCCGAUAUCUGGAGGGAAGUGGAAGGACAGUAGCUGUCUGGGCAGCGAGCCUACCUCGGUUCUGGAUACGAGAAGGAGCCCAAGCCCUCCUACAUCUACCUCAACCCUGUCUUCUUCCUUGGGCGGAGGCGGCUCAACCGACACAGCCGGCGUGGCGGCGGUUUCCGAUAAUCCUACACAGAAAUGGCCACCUACCCAGCAGCAAGAGGACAGCUCGGCUGCAGUAGCUGAACCCGGCAGUUGCGUUGGGGGUGGUGGUGGUUCCCGGAAGGACGAAUGGGCCUCGGAGCUUCAACCUAUUCCGACUGCACUAGAGAUUGUUAACGGCGGCGCCACAGGAGUGGAAAAAUGUGUCCUUGGAAUGGAAGACUGGGAGAGUAUGUUGUCGGAAUCUGCGUCUUCCCCCAGCCAAGAACAGUCGCUUCUCCGAUGGAUCAUGGGCGACGUAGACGACCCAUCUUCUGGUUUGAAACAUUUAUUGCAGGGUGGGGGCUCUUCGGAGUUCGAAGGCAAUGCUGGGGGAUUUGGGAUCGUCGACCAGGGCUUUGCGUUGGAAUCAGUUGGUGGAGGCGCUUCCGUGAGCGGUAAUGUAAUGGGUACCAUCAAUCCUUCCCUUGCUUUUCCUGGUUCUAUCUGUGCACCAAACAACCUCAAUGGCAGGGCUGGCUCAGUCCCCAACACAUCUGCGCUUCCUAAUUACAAAGUUCCUUGUUUUGGGCUGAAUAACAACAGUAACCCUCCCAACCCCAUCAAUCUUCCUCUCCCUAUUUCUUUUCCUCCUGGCAUGUUUUUUCAGCAGUCGCAGCAGCAACAACCACAGCUUGAACCCGCUGAUGAAAAGCCUCAGCUCUUUAAUCCUCCACAAGUGCCGAUAAAUCAGCAACAAGCCCAUCACCCUCAGAACCCGACUUUCUUCAUGCCAUUGCCGUACACCCAGCAAGAGCAGCACCUCCUCCCUCCGCAACCGAAACGCUACCAUGCCACCGUCGACCCGAGCUGUCAGAUCCCGAAGGUCCCAUUUUCGGAUUCGGGUCAAGAGCUUUUCUUGCGAAGGCAACAGCAGCAACAACAACAAGGUUUCCCUCCUCAGCUCCAGUUACUAUCUCCUCAUCUUCCACAGAGGCCGACGACUAUGGCGACAAAGCCCAAGGUAGUGGGUGCCGGCGAUGAAGUGGCUCAUCAGCAUCAGCAGCAGCAGGCGUUGAUCGAUCAGCUCUUCAAGGCCGCCGAGCUGGUCGAGGCCGGGAAUUCGGUACACGCGCGAGGGAUAUUGGCGCGGCUCAAUCACCAGCUCUCCCCAGUAGGAAAGCCUCUCCAGAGGGCUGCUUUCUACUUCAAGGAGGCCCUGCAACUGCUCCUCCUUUCUAGCAACAACAUGGCCACCUCCCCUCCUCCAAGGAACUCCACCCACUUUGAUGUUGUUCUCAAAAUUGGCGCCUACAAAGCCUUCUCCGAGAUUUCUCCCCUCCUGCAAUUUGCGAAUUUCACUUGCAACCAAGCCCUUCUUGAUGUGCUUUUAGGCUUUGAUCGAAUCCACAUAAUGGACUUUGAUAUUGGGAUUGGCGCACAAUGGUCUUCCUUCAUGCAGGAGCUCGCAAGCAGGGGCGCUCCCUCGCUAAAGAUUACUGCCUUUGCAUCCCAAGCGUCCCACGACGCACUAGAGCUUGUCCUCACUAGGGAGAACCUCACCCAUUUUGCCAAUGACCUCGGCAUCGCAUUCGAACUUGACAUCGUGAACCUUGAUUCAUUUGACCCUGCUUCCUGGUCGUUGGCACAACUUCAUGUGGCGGAGAACGAGGCAGUUGCAGUGAACCUUCCCGUCGGGUCCUCGUCGGCACACCCAUCCUCUGUGCCCUCCCUCCUCCGCUUUGUGAAGCAGCUUUCGCCGAAAAUUGUCGUCUCUGUGGACCGAGGCUGCGACCGCAGUGACCUUCCCUUCUCCCACCAUUUUCUUCAUGCUCUUCAAUCAUUCUCGGUCCUGCUGGAUUCUCUUGAUGCUGUAAAUGUGAACUCGGAUGCCGUGCACAAGAUUGAGAAGUUCCUGCUCCAGCCAAGAAUUGAGAGCAUUGUACUGGGACGGCAACGAGCCCCUGAGAAGAUGCCGCCUUGGAGGAACCUUUUUGCUUCCGCUGGGUUCUCGCCCUUACCAUUCACUAAUUUCGCCGAGACCCAGGCCGAAUACCUGGUGAAGAGGCUUCAGGUAAGGGGAUUCCACGUGGAAAAGCGCCAGGCUUCUCUCAUCCUCUACUGGCAACGUCGGGAGCUCGUCUCGGCGUCGGCUUGGAAGUGCUGAGAAGCAACAUUUUUUUACGGGCAGGAGGGUCGUUUUUCAAAUUCACACUUGUCAUGAAGGUGCCACGAAACCUAUUACUCUACUCUCAUCUUAAUAAAUCUUCUGUUACAGAGUAGGCACCUCUUCUGUGAUGUCAUCGUGCAUUUUCUUGCCUGUGAUUCUCCUCUUCCCCUUGUCUAUGUGGUUUAGACAGAUUGUUUCCGAGUAAAGCAAAGCAUUUGAGAAACCGGAAGGUCUAGUACAGUUCUUUUUCUUCUUUCAGUCUCUACUUUGGAUAUGGGUAUUACUGCUAAGGUGUUCUUAAUGUUAUGGUGAGAAGCAGCACCUGCUUCGUUAACAUGGUGGUGGUUUGUUGUACACUUGAAAACAAGGCAAAAAACAGAAAUGGAAAAAGAAGAAUUAACCCCCCCCUCCCCCAACUAUUUAGUUUAUUUCUGUGGAUGAUACUCUGUCUAGUUCUUAUAAAUUUUGCUUCUUAAAUUUCAUUCAUGGAUUCUAAUCUUCUACUCCAGGUGGAAUUGCUUUGUACCAUAGUUCUCACAUUAAUACUGAUUGUCGGUUUCUCUGUGA